AUUAUAUCCUCCCGCUUUCGAGCAACUUUGGAAAAACCUGCUGUUUGUUACCAUGGUUACUGGCUGGUUAAAACAAUGAUUGUAUGCCUGUCAUAUUAUGAUUAGAUGUUUCUAACUUUAAUGUCGAUUGCACUCUAUUUGAACCAACGAUAUGGAGCUGAAAGAUAUUUUGCAGAUUGAUUUUAAAAGUCUAGAAGAUGAUGGGAAGCAGAUCGUGUUUGGUGUAAUAUCCACUAUUGAACCUGAAAGUAUUCCAAAGAAACAUGUGAAAAAAGUAUUCGAGAUAGCUCAGGAUGUGUUGAAGUUCAAGGGAGAAGAGGUAGAGAGCCUCCGUUCUCGAACACCAAAAUUUUCUAGUGAGUUCAACGAUGAAGAUUUAAGACGUCUUCGAGAAGAAAAUUCUAAACUAAAAAGGACCAUCAAUAAAUUGGACAGUGAUAAGGCUGCAUUAAAAACGAGGAUAAGGGAUUUAACGGAGGAUAUGAGUUCUCUGAGGAAACGUCUCCAGGAGUCAAAUACCAGCGACAAGGAUGAUUCCUCGGACCUCCUAUCUGACCUAGAUCGUAAAGAAGAACUUUUGAAAAAUAUAAAUGCCAAAAACAAACAUAUUAAACGUUUAUUGCGGGACAUCGAGACUUUGGAAAAAAACACAAUUGAACAAACGAAAGUAAUUUCCAUUCAAGAAGAGAAAUUAAACACUCUUGAAUUUGAGCUCGUUCAAAUCAAAGACAAAUUGGCGAUUGUAAACGAUGAUAAUCAGAAUCUGAAUGAUUUGCUAUCGAAAGCUAAUGAAGAGAUUGAAAAUUUGGAAAAAAUUGUUGAGCAACAGGAGACGGAUCGUGAAAAACUGGAUACAGAAUUCAAAAUGUUCAUUGGUAAACUAGAAGAAAAGGCGUACGCAUGGCGGAAAAUACUUGACGACAAAGAACAUCAAUUGGAGUCUAUUCGUAAAAAGUAUGAGGAACUAUAUUUGAAGAAACCAAAGGAAAAAGUAGAACCUGGUCAAGAAACAGAAGUUCACAGACUUAUCGAGGCAAUGCAAGAACGUGACAUUCUUAUAGAAGAGCUUGAGGAUAAAUUACGAAUUAUGGCUGAAGAAAUGAUGUCUUCCACGAAGCUUAUGAAUCAAAUUUCCGAAGAACGUGAACUAGCUGAAAAUAAGGUGCCGCACAGGAACCGACAAUGUUGCCAAGAGCUAGAAAGUGCACUGGAACAUGCAAAUAAACGAUGCAAGGAACUAUCAGAGAUGUUAGACAGUAUUGAAGAGGAUAACACUAUCAAAUCUAAACAAACAGCUGAUGCAUUGGCUACUCUUCAGGCUUAUGAAAAAGGCAAAGAUGGUCUUCCACAAUCACUUCAGAAAAUAGGUCACUUACAGCAAAAGCUUAACUCUCGCGAUAAACAAAUUAAAGCUUUAAUUAUGGAAAUUAAUUCGCUUCAUGAAAUUGCCCAGGAGAAUUCGGUCUUGAGAAAAAAGUUGAAUAUUCCAGAAGAUACUAUAAUUCUAACAAGCAACCUUACAGCUAAACAAAAAAGCAAGGAUAAAAUUAUUGAUCGUUUAACAUUGAAGCUUCGGGCAUCGGAAGAAAUGCGUUUGAACUUGAAACUUGAAAUGAAUGAAUUAAGAAAGGAACUCAAGAAUCUGAGAAGUUCAUCCCAGGACCCAAAUUCUAAAACGACUAGUGAAACGGUUGGAGCUUCUCAACCCCAAGGUGUAGAAGAAAGGCAGAUCCAGAACGAUCCGAUUCACUGUGCUAAUUGUCUGAAAAUUAUGAAGAAACUUCCAGAUAAAGAUGGCAUUAUUCAGGAAAUAAAUAAUGAAUGGGAAGCAAAAUAUUCCGGAGUAAUCGAAGAAAAUGAAAAUUUACGUGUAGGAAUGCAUGAGAUCCUUGAGAAAAUAAGAGAAUACGAUGCGUCUUCGGAUCACAUCAGUAUUGAUUGCACCAUUCUCGAAAAAUUACUUCAUGCUUUAGAUGCACGGAGCAUUAGUGGAUGGUAUCACCCUGCCAUGCGAAUGCAAAAUGAACUAAUUGCCCUCAAGGAACGGGAACAAGCUCUCAAGGAGCAAAUUAAUAUCGUUGAACGAGCGACAAUAGUCAAACAGGAUAGUAUUGAAAAACCAGUUAUUGAAGAGGCUAACAUUGCAGAUGCUGAAGCAAAUGUUGAUAUUGUUGCUCCGGAGAAAGAAACAGAAGAUUUGGUCUCUGAUCAAACUCAAUCCCUAUACCCAAUAAUAGUCCAGAAGGAUCUACAAUAUGACUCCUUGAGAGAGAAAUUUUUGGAUGUUUCUCAGAAGUACCGGGAAACUUCACUGGAAAUUGAGAAGUUAAGAUGUUUUGAAGCUCUUUAUGAAGACCUAAAAAGCAAAUUGGAGGCUUCGGACAAUCAAAUAACUCAAUAUUGCGCUGUCUUAGCCGAUAAACUAUCUACUGUCGAGACAAAACUGAGUGUUUGCGAGAAGAAAUAUAACUUCAUGAAGGAAGAUUACGAGAGAACUGUGCAAGAAUACAAAAACUUUCAACUUAGUAAUGCAGCGGUUAUUGCAGAGCUGAAAAAUCAAAUCAUAAGCAAAGGUGUUUCUGAGUUGGAUCCUGAAGAGUCUAAACAUUUUGGAAAUAAAGAGUUGGCUGAUAUCGAGACAUUUAAAAAAGAAUGUGUCACGCUCAAGCUUCAGUUGGCUUAUAUAACAAAGCAUAUCCUUCUCGAUACAACUGAACUGACCAACAUCGAGAAAAGCGCCGCGUCAUUUGUCAAAUAUGGAAUAAUUGAAGAUGACUUCAAUUUAGAUUAUAUAACAAGCCAAGAGUAUAAUCAAUUGAAAUCAGAACGGGACAACCUUGAAAGACAUGUUCAGGAAUCCACUAAGCAGCAUAAGCAGCUGGAGAAGCUUCUAGCGGUAGCAGACGAGCAGAUAAAGUCGCAACAACGACAGCUAACAGAUUUAACCGAUAAUCAGGUUAACUUGCGACAUUUAGUCGCAGAUUUACAAAGCAACAAUGAGGAAAAGUUUAUUAUAUCGAAAGCCUAUAGGGAUAUCGAAAUAGCUCGGGAAGAAAUAAGUAAAAUUAAGAUGGAAAAGCUGGAACUUGAAAAUCGCUAUAAUGAGCUGCGUUCACAACUUAAAGAUGUCGAGGAACUAAAAGAUUCACUGGAAAAGAAAAAACAAAUGGCCCAAACGAAUGACUCCAUUAAAUUACAAUUCCUGAAGAAGUCCUUGUUUAAACUGCAAGAAAACUAUUGUAAGUUCACGCCUCUGGUGUUACUAAGUGAUUUCCUAAAUGUUUAUGCUGAUUGCAUUUCAAAAUCAAAUAAGGAUGCGGAGAAUGCCAAAUGCUUUCAAAUUAUAACCGAAGAUAUAAUUUCAAAAGUCAAAAUUGAUCCAUCACUGUCUGAAACGGACAAUCUACUUAAGGCGAUAAAAUAUGAAGCAAAAUGUCGCUUUUUAGAAGAACAAGUAACAACCCUUAAUGACAAAAUACACCAAUCUGAAAAAGAAUUAGAAAGUUUACGAUUAAGUGCAGCUAGCGAUGCGGAGCACUGGAAGACAAUCAACGCAUUAUUCGCUGAACCUAGCGACAACAAGCCCAUUAUAUUAGAAGAUAAAAUGACUCAAUGUGGAGCAGAUAAAACAGAUGCUUCGACUAAUACAGAUACCAUAGAGGAACCUAAGGAUGCGGCAGUUAAGAAAGAUGCUUUGGAUGUUAAGUCCUCAGAUGAUACUGUCCUGUCAUGUCCCUCCAGUCCCAGUCUACAAGCUUCAAAUAUAAUUGCUGUUCGGUCUUUGGAAUCUCAGCUUAAACAAGCGAUGCAUUUGGCCUCAAUGCGCAAUGCAUUACUACUCGAAGCAGAAAACAAAUUAGCUGAAUCACAAGGGCGAAUCAAGGAAAUGGAAAAAUUAAUCGAAGAGAAGAAUGCAUUACUGAAGCAAGAGGUGGGCAAAGCUACUACAGUGGAUAACAUAUCUUAUCCCAGACGAUCAAGCUUGGUGGAGUCGACAAUAACCUCUCUGCAAACGCUGCUUACUGAAAAGGAUACGACAUUAAACCAUUACCAAGAACUUCUCAAAACUGAACGCGAGCAACAUACGAAAUCCUGCGAAGGCUAUGAGAAAGAGUUAGAACUAUUACAAAAGAAAAGCAAUGAGUUGGAAGUUAAAUUCAAAUCAAAACUCAGUGAAAUAACCGAGCUGCAGUCGAAGUUAGAUACGGCUGAACGAAGAACAUCAGUCGCUGCCCACUUGAAUGCAGAGGAUGAAAUCAAACAACUUGAAGAUUGUGAUAACAAUUUCAAUGAAAUUUCUGACGAAAAAAUUGAAGAAAUGUUUUUGGAUGAUAAUAAGCAACUUAGUCAAGAACUUUUGCAAGGAUCUUUGAAUUUUGAGGAAAAUGGCGAACAUAUGAAUCGAUAUAUUCAGCAGUUGCAGGCUCAGUUGCGUGAUCUUACUGAUCGCGAGAAGUUAUGGGAGGAAAGUGCAAAGGCAAAGGAGGAUGAAAUUGAGAUUCUGAAAGAGAAGUUGGCGUUACUUGAAGAACGUGAAAAACUUGAAGCGAAAGCCAGUCCUGAAAUUGAACAACUACAAGCUUUACUUGAAGAAAAAGAUAAGCAUAUUAAUGACCUUAUGGAAACUUUAUCUAGUUUUCAUGAUGAUCAGCAACGUUUCAUCAAUGAAACCUCCUUAUACUCGGCUGAUCAGGUAACUCAAUUAGGAGCAGAUCUAACUCGAUCAGAGGCAACAAAUCGAAUUUUAAGCACCCAGCUAGAGGCUCUUCGCCGCCAAGUAGCCAACUUGACACAACGCGAAAAACAAGCUCGAGAGCUAGUCAACUCCUUAAGAAAUCAACUUAUCAAACGUCCUGUGGUUUCUGUGAAAUCCGAGUUGAAUACCCGUACCAAAUUUGAACAACUUCAAAAACGGUCACAAUCAAUGGAAACCGAGUUAGAGGACCUACGAAAAGAGAAGAAACGUUUAACUAUUUUAGUGGAGGAGAAGAGGGCUAAAAAUGCAAAUGAUCUAGCUCUCUGGGAUAAGCAAAAGCGAUGGCAACAAAAUGCUGAGAAGCUGAAAACGAAGUUAGCUGAGACUGAAGCGAGUUUGGAGAAAUCGAGAAUAAUGUUGAAUGCUGCGAAAACCACUAUCAACAGACUGGAGAAGGAUAAGAAUGCGCUAGAGGCACGUUUACGAGGUGCACCUCCAAAUAAAUGUUGCCGUACACCAUCUUGCCCUAAUCUCCUCCUCACAAAGUAUUGCCCAUCAGAGACACCUGAAACAUGUACAACUGGCAGUGAAUGCAAUAGUCCAACACACCGAGAUAAUUCGCACAAAAUAAAGUAUGUUGAUGUCAGUGAUUCAAAUACGGACAUCAUAAACGCUUUAAAGUCAAGAAUCGAAUCGCAACAGAGAAGAAUUGUAGCUUUGGAACUUGAACGUAAAGGUUCCAAUGCCCUCACAUCAGAGUUAGAGAAAUGUCAAGAAAAGCUAGCAGCUGUUGAAGCACAAAAUAUUCGUCUUGAAGCUAAAAAUUUGCAGCUUCAGUUAGAUAUAGAUCUUCUGAGACAAGGCGAUGAAAAAGAGAGAUUCCAAAAACGAAUUAAGUAUCUUGAAGACUAUGUAUUAGCGCUCAAAGAAGAGCUCGCCCAGGCUGAAGCGCAAAAGGAAAUUUCAGGUGCAGACGGAAAGUUGGGUUCUGGUUCCUUGUCACAUCCCGAACAAACGAUUCUAUCACUUCGAAGAAUAGUGGAGAGAUUACGAGUGGAAAACAAAAAUUUGAAAGAAGCACGAAGUUGUUUUGAUUUUAAACGCGAUACUAAGGCUGGCGGCGAUUUGGUAAUGGAGCUUCAAGAAGUUAAGGAAAAGCUUCGACAAAAAACGCAACUGUUGGAGAAGGCGAAAAUUUUACUAACACGAGCGGCCGCUAAGGAGAAGAAUCUGAAAGAGCAGCUAACUAUUUGGAAGCGAAAGUGUUCAGAGCUGCAAAAUGUUCCGGUGAUUGAUGAAAUAAGCGAAUGAUUAGAGCAAGA